AUGGCGGUGUGGCUUGAUCUCGUACCAGAAGCUACUGGCUGGACCUUAGUGGAUACAGGGCGUCUGGAGACGCUAGUGGAGGGAUUGAGUCACCCUGAAACGCAAUACCCGUCACUGAUCUGGUUCGCAGGUAAUGGAAAUAGGAUCAAAGCACUCCAAGCAUUGUUUCCUCAUAACAACAUAACACGGAGGGGGCCAGCUGGAUUGACUCGGUUGCAUAUCAGUACACAGACCGCGAAUACUGAAUACCCAGUCUUUUUUGCAGAAAGCAAUUUAUUCAAUGAUUCAGGAGUAGGUGAAUCAAGAUUAUGUCGCUGGUCAACGGAAAAAUUUCAGCGAUACCAUAUAUCUCAAAAGGAGACGCCGUCCCUAGCAGAUAUAAAGCAACAUGUGAUCAGGAGUGCCAUUUUCACAUGGGCACAGGUCCUAUGCUUCUUUGUAAACACUUCCUCAGAGAUGCGAAAGGUUCUGGAGUUGCUUGACGGUCCACGUCCCAACAUCAAAAUUGGCUCUCGAUCAGCUCCCAGCUUAACGCGCGUUAUCAUUGCCCUCACAUGCAAUGAAGAAUCGGACGCUGAUACCAUUACUAAAUGCUUUUCGCAGUAUUUGAAUGGAGAUACUAAGCUGGAAAUCGUUUUUCUAGACCUUCGACACCGUCUGAUGCUAUCCCCAAAGGCAGCUUUUGAGCCCUUACGGCGUGUCGUUCUCGAUCAGGUCCAAAUUUCCCGCGCAGAGCGAAUUCAGCAGGGUAUAUCGUUCUCCAGCCUACACUUGUGCGCCCUCUGGAGUCGAACGCUUGAGCUGGAAAUGGGAAGCCCGGGGAAAAUGACUUUGGACUGUCUCCAGUUUGCGCGCGAAAGCCACAUGCUAAACUGGAUUUCCGCAGAUCAUUUGGUGCGCUUUCUAGACCACGCAAAUGACUUGGGCUGCACUGCUGAAGCUAUUCAUGCCUUUAUUGCUUCCGCACUGCUAAUGAACGCGUACCCCCCUGGGAUGCAUCGCUUCCGUCACGAAGAUGUCUUCGACCACCUUUACAAAGUCCAAUGCUGGGAGGCUUGGAAUAAACGUACAGGGCUUGACCCGUCAUUGUUUUGCAGCUCCAUAAUGGCCCAAUUGGGUCGAAAUUCCCGAGAAAUGAGCCCUGCUCAAAAUUCAGCAAGUAUCAGAAGAACCGCUUUAAGCGACUUUUAUCACAAAUGGAAAGGUCUUUACUCGACAAUUUCAUGCUUUCUAUGUCUAUGUCGAUCGCCAGAGCAUAUGCUCCCUUGUCAUCAUGCAAUUUGCGAUACAUGUGUAGUUAUAUUCGGGUUGCCAAGUAAGACCGCAGAAUAUCAUUUUGACAUUCCCCAUUGCCCAGUGUGCAGCCAAAGUUUACAAAUAUCAAUUCGCCAUCUCCCUCCCACAAAGCCUCCUGUCGUUCUCAGCCUGGAUGGCGGAGGAAUCCGAGGGAUAAUUCAGUUGGGAUUAUUACAAUCAUUGGAGAAAAGGCUGGGAAAAGAGAUACCGCUGCCUCAAAUAAUUGAUCUUUGCGCCGGUACAAGUGUUGGGGGACUGAAUAUCAUGGACAUCAUUUUCAACGAAUCUUCGGUAGAACAAUGUUUUCGCAAAUUCCCAGAAUUUGCUCGAAAGGCCUUUGGCUCCCAGUUGAAUCUUUUUCAGGAAAGAUCAAUGUUCAAAUGCCCAAAAUGGCUAAAGUGCUUCGUGGGACUCUUGGCGGAUGGCCAAUACGAUGGGAAAAAUCUGGACAACGUGCUCAAAGAUGGGUUGGGCUCAGACCGGCGCAUGUUUGAUUUUGGUACGACUUCUGGCUCGAGCAGUCGGGUUGCUAUCAUUGCGAGUCGAAUAUCCGAUGGAAAAGCAUGCGUUAUAGCAAACUAUAGGGGGGUUGGGCCUCGUCCGGUUGAGGCAGCAUAUAUAUUCCUCAAACCUCAGAAACAUAACGAGGACCCUUUCCUUUGGGAAGCGUGA